CAGUGUUACCUGUGUCGGGACGCCAAUGGGUAGUCCAUUGUCGUUUGCUAAAAUAUCACAACUCUUUUUAAAAGUUACGUUCGAAUUUGGCGCGUUUUUAAAGUGUUUUGAAAAUGGAAUGAUUUAAAUUAGUGAUAGUGUGACUUUGACGUUGUUUUGGUAUGAUGGAAGUACCAGAUUAUUUGUUGUUUCUGGCUCGCACUUCGCUGAGCUGUGCCCAAAGCUGGGCAAUGGAUCCCCCACAGUCGCCCAAGUUUAAUGUACCUAUAUGGCAGCCUUGGAUACCAUCGCCACAGAAAGAGACUCCGAGCACAGCAUCCAGCGGUGAAUCUGAGGGCGACCGCACGCUGUCGCCGGAGACGCCUCGCGCGCAGUCAAAGGAGCUCACUGGCAAAUGGAGGAGGGAACGUCGAUCAACUCGCUUGCCUGAUUAUAGGCCAAAAGAGAACUGCAAGAUGGCGUUGCGUUCACAGUCGUUCAACGAGCGCCGCGCCGCGCCCGCCGUGGCCCGCGCGCAGCCGCACAGCGACGGAGAACUCUCUGAUGAAGUCGAGGAUUCCUCCGCUAUUAAUGGGAAAGCGCCACCGGAGUACCCGGGCAAGCACGAGGCGCCGAUAGACAUGCGGCUGCGGUCACGGCCAGCGCCGCCGCCUUACGCUCGCCCCACCGUCAUCAAGACCAACGACACACCACCCGGUUCAAUGUCGAUGUGCGAUCCCGUCAUAGACGAGCACUUCCGACGUUCCCUCGGCGACGAUUACAUGAAUCUAUUCAAGAAGACGGAACAAGUUCAGCCCGGACCUAAACCUAACACCAAGGACAGAGCAAGCAGUCCCAUAUUAUUCAAACAGGAUGAACCUAAAUCUACUAAAAUCAUCGCCAUGGAGGUAGAUGACGCUAGUAUGUCGGUUGAUGACCAUUUCGCGAAAGCCCUAGGAGAUACCUGGCGUCAAAUACAAACUUCAAGGCAAAAAGAAGAUAAACCACAGUCUAGUAAAGUCGUCGACGAUCAUUUCAGCAAAGCGCUCGGAGACACGUGGAAGAAAAUACAAACAUCGAAACAUCUAGAAGAAAAACCUAAAGACCAAACUAAGAUAAUCUCCAGGAGCGGGGUUGUGAUAUAAUGAACUGGGUCUAAUAAUAAUGGUUCAGUCUUAUUUUCGCGAUUUGCGAUCAUGUUCAACUUUGAGGAAUGAGUAUUUAUCGUUGGUCUUUGAAUCCAUGACAAUUCUGUUACCUAACGGUUUUGGGGUAUUUUAGUGUGGGUUUCCGAUUUACAGAAUACUUUCGACUUAAUAUUCAUAGGAUUUAUGAUUUCUUUUAACUUUAACGUAUUCGAUAUACAAUAAAUACCAUACUCAGACAGAAAUUUGUUACUAAGAGUUCUUUAGUAGUUUGAAGUUUUAUAAGGUGGUCCCUUAGCAGACAUUUCAGUAUCCUUAUAUUAAAAAAUAAAUCACAAUAGAAAUGUAUAUAUUUGCUUUUUAAAAAUGUGUUAAAAUCAGUAUAAUUCGAAUCUAGCUUAACCAAGAAUACUUUCGCCAUAUUGCGGAUAAAUAUGGAACUAAUUGUCUUGAGUGUAUUAGAAAUAAUAAAGACGAUUGAAGCGCCCUCUUGUAGUGAUUUUUGUAUUCUUAUGAAAUAACUUGAUUAUCUUUGUAUCGGGAACCCCGCGUCUUAAAAUUAUUGUUUUAUGUAAAAUUCGAUGUAGUCAUUUAUUAGUCACCAGUUACACGAUAAGUUAUUACCUCAAUUUUAUGCGCUUUUGCACAAUACACUAUUUAGGUUAAUCUAUGUUAAGUAUUUGUAAAUAAUAGCCGGUAUAUUGUAUGGGUUAUUUAAGCGACUUGCUAGAUUUAGAAAUACAUUUCAAAGAUAUAAAUACAUAGAUACAUAAUAUAUAAAUACUUUUCUGAUAAGACAAUUUAAAAGAAAAAUAGCUUUAUUCUUACUUUCAAAAAUCCUGAAUAAGUCAAGAUAACAUC